CUUCUGCCAGACGCUCAAGGAGACGGCAGUGUGUGAGGAGGACCCGCGCGUAUUUACGCUCAGAGCGCGCGCGCGCGUGUGUGUGUAUGUGUGUGUGUGUGUGCGCAUGUCUCGGGGUAAGGUCGGAGAUCCCCCAGCACGCUGACAGGAGAGCCCCGCUUGUCUGAGAGCGGCAGCCGGCAGCGGGUGAUAAAGCUUUAAGUGAAGAAGAGCAGCGGGAGGAAGAAGAACCGGCGGAGAGCUGCUUCAUCUUGGCUUUUAAACUUGACUGCUCCUCCACGCGCUCUCCCCGGUGCAGAGAAGGAAAGCAAACAAGUUGAUUCCGAAAAAGGGUCGAUUCAGCCAAAGCUGCACUAGACUUAUUUUGUAAAGCAUCCCUCUGGAGCCCCUCUCCCCGUCCCUUCUGAGCGCGCAGUGACAGAAGGAGGGACGGGAGAACCGGGCAGACGGACCGUGAAGCUGCGCGUCUUCCCCGGCGCAGGACCCACUGGAUGCGGGAUGAUGGAUUAACAGCCUAGACUGUGCCGCUUGACGCACGACCCCCUUGUCCACCUCGGGAUUAUUUCAGCUCUCACUGACCCCCCCUCCUUCAAUCUCGAGAUGACCGAGGAAUAUGUUUUGCGGUGCGUCCUGAUGCUCUGCUGCGCGCUUCUCUCGGCCAACGCGAGUAACUGGCUGUACCUCGCCAAGCUGUCAUCAGUGGGGAGCAUCAGGGACGAGGAGACGUGCGAGAGGUUACGAGGCCUGAUCCAGAGACAGGUUCAGAUCUGUAAGCGCAGCGUGGAGGUGAUGGAUGCGGUGCGUCGUGGAGCCCAGCUGGCUAUAGAUGAGUGUCAGUUUCAGUUUCGCAACCGUCGAUGGAACUGCUCCACUCUGGAGUCGAUGCCUGUGUUUGGGAAAGUGGUCACGCAAGGCACCCGUGAAGCAGCCUUUGUGUAUGCCAUCUCAGCAGCCAGUGUGGCGUUUGCGGUCACGAGGGCCUGCAGCAGCGGGGAGCUGGAAAAAUGUGGUUGUGACCACAAUGUACAUGGAGUCAGUCCAGAGGGGUUCCAGUGGUCAGGCUGCAGCGAUAACAUUGCAUAUGGAGUGGCCUUCUCUCAGUCCUUUGUCGAUGUGAGGGAGAGGAGUAAAGGCCAGUCCUCCAGUCGGGCUCUCAUGAAUCUGCACAACAACGAGGCCGGCAGAAAGGCCAUCCUGUCUCACAUGCGCGUGGAGUGCAAAUGCCACGGCGUCUCAGGCUCCUGUGAGGUGAAGACCUGCUGGAAAGCCAUGCCACCAUUUCGCAAGGUGGGCAACAUCAUCAAGGAGAAGUUUGACGGCGCUACCGAGGUAGAGCAGCGGAAGGUGGGCACGACCAAAAUCCUAGUUCCUCGCAAUUCCCAGUUCAAACCUCACACGGAUGAAGACCUGGUCUACCUGGAACCAAGUCCAGAUUUUUGCGAUUACGAUCCACGCACACCAGGGAUGCUGGGCACGGUGGGUCGCCAGUGUAACCGAACGUCCAAGGCCAUCGACGGCUGUGAGCUGAUGUGCUGCGGCCGUGGCUUCCAGACACAGGAGGUGGAGGUGGUGGACAGGUGCAGCUGUAAGUUCCACUGGUGCUGUUACGUCAAAUGCAAACAGUGCCGUAAAAUGGUGGAGAUUCACACGUGCCGGUGAUGGAGGUAGAGGCACAGAGGGAACUGCUGAUAGACAAAAAAAUGCCCCGUACUCCUGAUCGGCUAAAGGAAAGAGGGAGUAGGGACGACUUGUUUAGUUCCUUCAUAUCCUUAAAUCAUCCCUGCUAUUCAACAGACACAGACUGAUUGCCUGAGAGGUCAAAGGUCAUCCGAUCCUUUAUUUUUUUUGCCACCUUAGUGGACAUCAGUAGAUUAGGCAUGGGAUUUCCUAUAAAGCUACAGUCUGUUUGUUUCUUCUCAAGUAGAGAGCAUCUUUCAGUUCCUGACUCGCUCCCUCACGGUCAUAUUUGGUUUGUCAUUGAUCCUUAUUUUUGUAAUGUUUAACUUAUUUGUUGAGAGUUUUGCUGAGGGGGUUGACAGGGGCAGUUAUAGAAGGACUACAGACAAACCGACGAGUGGAGAUUAUCAUGGACAAACUAGACAAACGGCUAGGCAGUUCGGGGGGUUGGGGGUUGUGUUAAGGAGGAGGGUUGUUGGCCGUCAGCCCUUGUUGCUGCUGCUGCUGCUGCUGCUGCUUCAGGGACUCACUUGGAGACAAAAAUGGAGACUGCGAGUCUGUCACAGGACAGGCUCAAACAACAAAGAGGAACACUUUGUGAAUUGCUUUCUGAGUGUACAUGGCUGCGCUGAGGCUCAUUUGCCUCUGAGUCGCUUAUUUUGCCCUCCGCAACACCCUGAUGCUGCUCUACUCACUCAUCCAGUGUCUUCCUACCAACAGGAGGACGAUGACGGACGUACGAAAGCCACUGUCAGCUGUGUCCUGUUUUUUCAGAAGGCAGGUGAUGGGCAUCGGUCAAACAAAACACUCACACCUGCAUUCACCCACAGCUGCUACCCACAAACACACACCAGAAAGCUUCCAUGAAAAACACUUUCUACGUCAGCUUUGGCGCAUGUCCUCAGCAUCACCCUGUGUGCUCGUUUGGGAAUCGAUGCGGGUUCUGACUUUCUGCUGCACGCUGCCAUCUGCCAAAUGCUAGUCAGCUUAAUGCAAACAACACACAUUCAAGUUAAUACACAGUGACAUCCAUGCAUUUCCAAACAGACAUAAUGUAAAUACACAUUCAGACAUACAAAGAAAGGGGUCUGCCAGAGGGUUGCCGAGCAUGUUCAUCACACAUGAUGACUGAAGCACUUUCUCUCCAAGCGCACAUAGAGCCCUCGCCCUACAGCAACAAACACAAAAUCACAUAACCAAGUGUUCCCUGUUCCUUUCCUAACACGCACACACACACACACUACACACACACAGUUUCCCAUGCCACUUUCAGGACCCUACUGUCAUCUUGUACCACCAUCAUAAAGCCAAGCUUUCCUAUAAUAACUUACUAUCAUCAUAGAGACAUACUGUAGAUCUGUAAAGACUUAUACACUGAAGACUAUACUGCCUAUGAAUGUAUGUUAAUAAUGAAUAUAUGCUGUGUCAAAAAAAGGCUUUUGUCGCUUUUUGUUAUAAAACACGUGUGUGUGUGUGUGUGUGUGUGUGUGUGUGGGAGAGAGAGAGAGAGAGGCAGAUAUAAUGGACAAGAAGAUGGAAAGUAAAAGAGUCUCCACCACCAACUCCAAACACACAUACACAGAGCUCUGCUGACAGACAUACACAUAUUUCAAUAAAAUCACCCAUUUCCCGUGUCUUUCAGCUGCAUUAUUAUGUGGCCACAGUUUGCACUGUGCAGUAUUUUGUGUGUGUGCAUGCGUGUGUGUAUGAGUGUGUGAGCAGUACACCCUGAGAUGCUUUCCUGCACCCCUGACACCUAUAAACACAGUUUAUGCACCAUAUAUCAGCACUUAUGCUACAUCAACCAAGGAUGUAUUUCCUGCAGCGUGGGGAAGGCAGUUUUGGGAAGAACCAGAGCAACUGCUCAGAUUUCAAAGCCCGUCUGAUUGGGUUUGGGCUGAAGAAGGAGCACAAGCAGGAACACCAGGCUAGAACAGGGAUUAUAGUGAAAUGCAGACCACAUGGCAUAUGCUUUUUUUUCCUCCUUCUAUCAGUAUCAUGCUACCCAACUGCACCCUUCCAGCUCUGGCUUGCUUGCUCGUUUUUCUCCAAUAUCGUUGACUUAACACUGGUCCCACUCAGCGCUCCACUCUGCCGAAAACGUAACUCUAACCACUCUCGGAUCUGUCCUUCAUUAAGCCACUGUGAUGGCCCACAUGAGGUAGGUGUUGGUGGCCACACUGAUUGUGAAAGUCUGCAACCAUAUUUGUGUGUGUGUGUGUGCGAUAGUGACAUGUACUGUACAACGAGCCAGCCAGAGAACGUUAAUGCUUCUUGUGGUUUGCUGCGGUUGUGGCAGAGACAAGAGGCUGACAGUGGGGGUUUUACCACUUAAUCUGUGUACACUAGAGAGUCUGUCAGAAUUAAAAUGCAACAAAUCUGGAUUUAUGAGCACUGAGACAUAAAUGUUUACACUAACCAUAGCUGACAUAUUAGACUAAUACCUAGCAUACCAUCCACACAAACAUUUAACAGGCCAUAACCAACCUCCCCAAACAAAAAGAGGCACUCACUGUCGAAUACACACACCUUUCAUAGACAUGCAAUGAGACAUGCGUUCAUCCACUGAAUGACUGAAAUCCUCAUCAUGUCUCUCCGGACCUUCAGCUUAUCAGUUCCCCUUGCACUUGCGCUAGUUUGUGUGCCAGAGGAGAAAAAUAGUGGCGCAUCCUGCAGCUUGGAUAUUGACAUUACAAUUUUUUUUUAUUGCACAAAAGGACAACAGCGCAAUGGUAAAGUGCAAACUGCGUCCACAACAGAAUCAACCUCAUUAUGCUGCUGACACAUCUUCUGUGCCUGCUAACGCUAAGCUAGCCAAGAACCCAGAGUGAUGUUAAAGCCGUUGUGUUCUGUGUAAUAUGUGUAAUACAUUACUGUUUUUUGAGUAAUGGCCCCAACACUGAUCACAAGGGGAAAUACCUCCAACACGCUAAAUCUGAAUCAUUAGGUUUUUAUCAAUUCCCGUCCCUAGUGAGUAGGCCAUAAACUCUAUGGGCAGAAUGAACAGUGACACUUAUCAGCUAAGCAACAACUACUAAAAUACCAGAAUUUUACUCACCAAAAGUGAAGUGCAGCUCUCUUGAACAAGCUGUACCACACAGCAUUUCACCACAAAGUGAACUGGCCCAAAUCAAUGGAGGCGAGGCCUAACUACAGCUCCACGUGUUGGGACACCUCUCAGUCAAAGUGGUCAUAUAUCCAGUUAUAUUAAAAAGUAAUUUUCCUGUACCAGCCACGUUUUUUUCUGAAAUGUACUAUCAGAUUUUGAUCUAUGUGGAGAGAGUCUGAGUGGCACGCACAGCCCCAGUAUUCUGAUUUUGGACAGAUUAGAGUCAUUUGGGCUUGGCCUUGUAAUUACAUGUUAAUGAUUUAUCACUACUGCUUCUAGUAGAUACAGGCACUUGUAAAACUUAAGAAAACAAUAUCAAACUAUCAUUGUUAUUUUUGCUGUGGAUUAUGAGGACAAUGUGGGCUAUCCGCUCACUUAAAUACCAAAAUCCAAACUGUAAUUAAAUUAUCCAUCUUACACAUGAGACAAAGAGAGUGAAAGGAAGAAAGAGACAUGAGCCACACCGACAUAUCAAAGGACAGAGAGCGGCUUGCUUCUCUUUACUUUCAGGGUCAAUCCCAACCAAGCCUCCUGCUUAUUAAUUUAUAAAGAUUGCUGUGAAAUUGUAGCUUCAUAUGUCAGAUACUUUUCAAGAUAUAUAUUUUCUUUGAAAAUAAUCUAUCUACCUAUCUUCAGGCCUUUCUUUCACACGUUGAUAAAGGUAAUUCUGUUAAAUAUGCGAAUUCAGUAAAAGCAUACCUGGAUAGAAAAACACAGAGAACACUAUGAGUCAUGGACUGGCCUCCCCAGAGCUCAGACCUGAACAUUACUGAAGCAGUGUGCGAUCAUCAGCAGAGCAAAGAAGAGCGUUGAAUGUCCUUCAGAAAGUCUGGAGAACUAUUCCUGAAGGCUACUUAAAGAAAUUACAAGAAA